AUGGUCACCACCAACGAACUUCAUCAAUUUGCACGACAGGCCUCUGCUAUAACAUGGCCUUUCACCGCCCUGUCCACUCUCAUUUUUGCGAUGCGGACAUCUUCGCGACUGUGCUUCAACAAAUAUGGCUUGGCUUGGGAAGAUUUGAUCAUUACGCUAUCUUGGGGGUUGAAUAUCAUCCGUGCUGCCGCAAUGCAGAAAAGUGUCGAUGCGUAUCAGGUCGUUGAGCUGACGAACCUGCCCGAGUCUGUCCCAGCCGCAUCUUUCUGGGCCGUAUUUGUGGAUUCCUGGGCGUUUUUCAGCAUUGGCAUCCCCAAGCUGGGCAUUGCCUUUCUCACCUGUCGUAUCCUGCGGCCGCCCCGGUGGCUUCAAACCUCCGUCAUCAGCUUCUGCAUUGUACUGAAUGUGCUUGCGACAGUGGGGUUCAUCUUAUGCUUUGUGCAAUGCAGUCCAGUCGCCGGACAAUUCAACCCAUGGAAAUACCCACAUGUGAAAUGCUGGGAUCAAAGAGUCCAGUUGGACUACGCCUGCGCCGUGAGCUCCCUGUCUGCGUUGACAGACAUCCUGUUCUCCGUCUGGCCUGGCUUCAUCAUCUGGAACCUGCAGAUGCCGACCUGGAAGCGCGUUAGUGCAAUGGGACUCAUGAGCAUUGGCAUUGCGUCGUGCAUUUUUGCCUUCAUCAAACUCUAUUCAAACACCACUCUCUUCGGUGUGAGCGAUCCGAUCGUCGAACUCGAUCGAGCCCUCCGGAUCGCCCUGUGGAACAGAGUUGAGAAUGAAUUUGUGCUGACCGCCGCAUGUCUGCCCGCUGCGCCCCCCAUCAUUCGGGCAUGCUCGCGAGCACUACGCCGCAGUGGCCUAUCAACAUCUCCGAGCAACAUGUAUGGCUAUUCCAGGAAGCCCAAAGUCCCGGGACCAUACAGUGAUAUCACUACUGUAGAGCUGGUGACUAAUGCGCAGAAGCCAGGAAGAUGGAACAGCACCGGUGAAGGGAACGGCUCCUCGGUGUCGGAAGGGUUCAAGUGA